AUGCCGACCGUCCCUCUGCCCGGCGAAAAGGCCGAACUGAUCGAACGCACCGUGGCCUUCCAGGGCUAUUUCCGCAUUGCCCGUUACCUGUUCCGGCACAGCCUGUACCAGGGAGGUCAGAGCGGCGAGGUGAAGCGCGAGGUCUUCGAGCGCGGGCAGGUCGCUGCGGUGCUGCCCUACGACCCUGUCCGCGACGAGGUCGUGCUGAUCCGGCAGUUCCGCGCCGGCACUUUCGCCGCGAACCGCCAUCCCUGGAGCUGGGAGAUCGUCGCCGGGGUCAUAGAGGAAGGCGAGACGCCCCCGGAUGUCGCCCGUCGCGAGGCGACCGAGGAGGCGUCGGUGGAGAUACUCGACCUCCUUCCCAUACACAGCGUGAUGCUCAGUCCGGGCGCCUGCUCCGAGGUCUGCAGCAGCUUCAUCGGGCGUGUCGACACGACCGGCGUCGGCGGCAUCUUCGGGCUGGAAUCGGAGAACGAGAACAUCCUCGUGAAAGCCAUGCCGUUCGCCGAGGCCCGCGCCCUGCUCGACCAAGACGAGGUCGACAAUGCGGUCGCCGUAAUGGCGUUGCAGUGGCUCGCGCUGCAUCGCGACGAGAUGCGAAACCGCUGGCG